AUGACCGUCCGCCGCCGAUUCCCGCCACACGAAGGCGUGUGGGUGGUGGUGCAGCGUGUUGGUAGUGCUCAUACCAAUGCUAACAAUAUGGCAGCAUUGGGAGUGCUUAACAUUGCGAACCUGGCCAAUGGCUGCCAGAAGACCAUCGAAAUCGAUGACGAGCGCAGAGUCCGCGGUUUCUAUGAUAAGCGUAUCUCGGAGGAGGUCUCCGGCGACACCCUUGGUGACGAGUUCAAGGGCUACGUCUUCCGCAUUACCGGCGGUAACGACAAGCAGGGUUUCCCUAUGAAGCAGGGUGUCCUGACCCCAGGUCGCGUCCGUCUGCUCCUGUCUGACGGCCACUCGUGCUUCCGUGCCCGCCGCACUGGUGAGCGUCGCCGCAAGUCGGUCCGCGGUUGCAUUGUCGCCGCCGAUCUUUCGGUCAUCUCCCUUGCCAUCAUCAAGCAGGGUGAGGCUCAGAUCCCCGGCCUGACCGACGGCUCCGUCCCCAAGCGUCUUGGCCCCAAGCGCGCCAACAACAUCCGCAAGCUGUUCAACCUGACCAAGGAGGACGACGUGCGCAAGUUUGUUAUCCGUCGCGAGAUCAUCCCCAAGAACGCUGACAAGAAGCCCUACACCAAGGCCCCCAAGAUCCAGCGCCUGGUUACUCCCCGCACCCUCAUGCACAAGCGCCGCCUGGUUACCCUCAAGAAGCGCCAGCAGGAGAAGUCCAAGGAGGCCGCCGCCGACUACGCCAAGCUCCUCGCCCAGCGCAACAAGGAGCACCGCGAGCGCAAGGAGGAGCUCCGUCGCCGCCGUUCUUCUGCCUCCCGCAACUCUGUCUCCAAGCAGUAA